AUGCUAUGGGAGGUCUUGUAUGAAGAAUUAUUGAAUAUCUUUAAACUAUGUUCAUUCGAACAACUUUCGAAUACUUCAUUAUUAUAUCGAUGUAAAAAUUCAUUAAAGUAUAUAUCAAGACAUCGUUUAUUUGAUGGUUAUAGUGAUUGUUAUAAUUCAAACGAUGAAAAUGAUAAUGAUAAAUUAAUAACAUUCCCAUUACCAUGUAAACAAAAAAAUCGUUUUCAAUGUUUAUUUCUGAUAACACAAUGCAUACAACGUACCUUAAUUAAAGAUAAAAAUAAAAAUUGUAUUGAUAAUUCAGAUGAAUUAUAUCCGUCAUCCUGCAGUAAUGAAAAUCCUCAUGCUUGUCAAUAUCAGCGUGGCUUAUUAGAUCAUCAAAUAUCGUCUAAAACAGGUUAUGAAUAUGUGUUACAAGAUAUAU